GAAAUGCCCGUAAAGACAAUAUACAAAAUCAGUUUAAUGAUCGAUGGGAUCGACCAGAAAAAAAGAUUUUGCUGCUAACUGGACCUCCUGGAUGUGGAAAGACAACCUUAGCGCACGUAGUAGCAACGCAUUGUAGAUAUAAUAUUGUAGAGAUCAAUGCGAGUGAUGAUCGAACCGGUCAGGUUAUCAAAAACAGAAUUAAGGAUGCCUUGGAAACUCAAUCAGUUGUUUUCAAUAAAAAACCAAACUUGAUAAUAAUUGAUGAGAUUGAUGGGGUUUCCGGUAGUGGUGAUGAGAAUUUUGUUAAAUUACUUUUGGAUUUGGUUGAUGGAGAAAAACAAUCAUCGCGAGAUGUGAACCAACUGACAUCCAAAGGAACUAAAACAAGUAAGAUAUUUUUCUGUGAUAUUGUCGUUAUAUAUUGUUUAAAUAACCACGGCCUUUCAGGCAAGAAAAAAAAAUCCGCCAAGAGACCAUUGCUUCGCCCUAUUAUAUGUAUUUGCAACGAUCAAUAUACCGCAGCGCUGCGUCCUCUUAAAGCUCAUGCAAAAGUAGUAAAUUUUAAAAGAAUGCAGUCAAACAGGCUUGCAAACAGAUUAAAAGAGAUUUGUGACCGUGAGAAAUUAUCGGCUGAUAUAUCAACCUUAUUUGUGCUAGCGGAGUCAGCAGAAGGUGAUAUGAGAAACUGUUUAACCACCUUACAGUUCAUCAAACAAAGUUCCAAUGUUGUUACAAAAGAAUUAAUAUCGAAAACAAGCAUUGGUCGAAAAGACACAAAUAAAUCGUUCUUUACAAUAUGGGAGGAGAUAUUUCAAACAAGAAGCUCGAAAGUCAGAUCACGUGAUCAAUUUGUGCGAGAUUCCGAGAACAAUGCAAAUCGGUAUAUUGCUCGUUUGGAAUCUCUAAUUAGUACUAAUGGCGAAUAUGAGAAAUUGAUGCAAGGGUGUUUUGAAAAUUACCUAAAAUGUAAUUUUCACGAUCAAAAAUUUAAGCUUUCUCAAAUAAACGAAUGGGUCCAUUUUUAUGAUCAAAUAAAUUAUCGAACAAACUCAAUGCAAUUAUUUGGGUUAUUUGUCUAUUAUCCAUAUCCGAUUAUUAGUUUUCAUCGAUUUUUCUCAGGUGUUGCUCACCCACGUAUGGAAUAUCCAAGAAAAGAUUAUGAGUGUUAUGUACAACAACAAGCUAACGAAAGUGUAAUAAGCUCCGCACUGAAUGGAAUAAAAUCAAAAUAUCGAUUGACCUUAAAUAAGAACAUAUUUGUAACUGAAUUUGUUUCGUAUCUGUUGAAAAUUGUGUCCCCUGAAUUAGAAUCGGAAAGCAGGUUAUCCUCGAAUCUCAAAAAAUCUAUACUUUUACGAGUGGUUGACAUAAUGCUUUCGUUCAAUUUAAAAUAUAUUCAAAAAACUGAAGAUGGGAAAUCAUUUUAUGCCAUUGAACCGCCAAUAGAUCAGCUUGUGUUAUUUUCGGGCACAGACUCAAAGAAUUAUGCGUUUAACAAUGAUAUCACCAAACAUUUGAUAGCUAAAGAAAUUGAUAUAAAACUUGCAAAUGCCGUGGAA